AUGGCUUUGGUGCCGCAUCCAUCUCCUCCUGGCGUCCUCGGUAUGCAACCAGGAGGUCAUUUUGGCCCCAUCAAUGGAGCUGCACCCGUCGAUGCUCAUAUGCAACGCCAACGCCUUCUGGCACAAUUGAACGAGUCCACCUGGCAAAGAAUAGGUUCGUUGAACGAGCUGCUCGGUGACCACGAAGGGGCACUGUUUGCGUAUGAACAAGCUUUGCGACACAACCAAUGGUCAACCCAAACCUUGAAUGCAAUCUCAUGCAUCCUCCGCACAAAGGAGAAGUAUCCCGAGGCUAUGGAGUACCUCAAAAACAUCUUGAAAGUAGAGCCCGCCAAUGGCGAAGCCUGGGGAAAUUUAGGCCACUGCUACCUGAUGAUGGACAACCUUCAAGAGGCGUACACCGCCUAUCAGCAAGCUCUGUAUUACCUCGCAAAGCCAAACGAACCCAAGUUGUGGUACGGUAUCGGGAUCCUGUAUGACCGAUAUGGCUCCUUGGAACAUGCCGAAGAAGCUUUCUCUCAGGUCAUGCGUAUGCAACCGGACUUUGAGAAGGCGAAUGAAAUCUAUUUCAGACUAGGAAUCAUAUACAAGCAGCAACAAAAAUUCCAGGAAAGUCUUGAAUGCUUCAAGUACAUCGUCAACAACCCGCCACGCCCACUCAAUGAAGAAGACAUCUGGUUCCAGAUUGGUCACGUUUAUGAGCAGCAGAAAGAUUUCGAAGCCGCAAAAGCUGCGUACAGGCGGGUUCUGGAGAGAGAUCCGAAACACGCCAAAGUGCUACAGCAGCUCGGCUGGUUGCAUCACCAACAAAGUAACAGCUACGCAAGCCAAGACCAGGCCAUCGAGUAUCUCGAACAAUCGGUCAGCUCUGACAACCAAGACGCCCAGAGCUGGUACCUUCUCGGCAGGUGCUAUAUGGCACAGCAGAAGUUUCCCAAGGCCUAUGAAGCUUAUCAGCAAGCUGUGUAUCGCGAUGGGCGCAACCCCACAUUCUGGUGCUCCAUUGGCGUCUUGUACUACCAGAUCAAUCAGUACAGGGACGCCCUUGAUGCAUAUUCGCGCGCCAUCCGAUUGAACCCAUACAUUUCCGAAGUAUGGUACGAUCUUGGAACCUUGUACGAAUCAUGCAACAACCAAACCUCUGAUGCUCUUGAUGCAUAUGCUAGAGCCGCUGAGCUUGACCCCACCAAUACCCACAUCAAGGCGCGUCUGGCCCUUCUGAGAAGCGGAGCUGCAACUGGGCCUAACCAGCAUAAUGCACCCGUACCUCAGGAUGUCCAUCCCCAAGCGUAUCAGAACGGUGUUGGUGUUCCUCCUGGACCCCAAUGGGGCGGACCAUCUGCGUCAAAUCAGCAAGCACAGCCGCCGCCGGUUGACCCAGCACGUGUCAACGAUUGGGCGAGAGGCAUUGCAGGUAUCAACCCACCUCCUGGCCAGCAGCAACAACAGCCGCAAAAUGGGUACGAAAGUCGUGACGGUAUGAGGGCACCGCCACCCCGUGCCCCUAGCCCGCGUCAGGAUGGGCCCCGCCCAUACGAUUCAUCCAGACAAACACCCGUGCGCAAGAUGCAGUCACCAUCUCCUAAGUUGCAGCAUUCUAACCCAGGCAUGUUCCCCCCCGGUCCUCAAACGCUGCCACAAAUCUCAAUGCAAGAGCGUCCUCCCGCUUUUGGCAGUGGCGUCCGGCCGUCGCCCACAAUGAACGGGCCGCCAGCACCGCAUGCUAAUAGCGCUGGGUCUGGCUCAACCCUACCGCCAUAUGGACGACCUUUCAGUCCUCCCAGUGAACUCAGACCUCUUCGAGACGAACGUCCCCAGUCGCCUGGACCAGGUUUCCGCCCGCCGCCAUUCCAAUCUGGCCAACAAUUUCCCAGCAUCGCUAACGGCGUGCCCUCUGCUCCACCCCCUCUCCCCGCUGUAGAAGGUCCUCCUCGCGAUGAGAGACCCCCCUCAGCUAUGAAGCGGGCUCGUGAGUGGGAAGCCGAUUCUGGUCCCUCUAAGAAGCUGGCCAAUGAAGAAAGCCGUGCACGCCUAGACGACCCCAUCCGCAGGAACAGUCCUCCAGGUCGUCUGCCUACACCCAAAGAUCAUUUUAGGCGCAGCUCAUCCGAAGCCCGCCGCGAACAGGAACGACGGGCGAAUGAGAACUACUAUCCCUCUGAAGCUGCACACCACCCUUAUAGUCGACCUCCUCAGCACAUUCCAUCGAUGCAGUCAAUCUUAGACGGUCCCAAGGACGAACGCCAGGAACAUGUUGAGCAAGCAGCUCGCAAAGUGGACGUAGACGAGGACUACGAUAACAACAGCGAUGAUGACAAACAGCGGGGACCGCCUCCAGCAGCCGUAAGUCCUCAAGUAGGUGGACCACUUCCUUCGGCGACGCCAAAGCAGGAGCAAGUGGCAUGA